AUGUUAUCAAGAACAUUUUAUUCAAGAAUUAUUUUAAAACAUUCAUUAACAGAUUUUGCAAGACAGUUACAUGCAAAACAAACAGUACGAAAUAUUACUAAACCUGCUACGAUUAAAACAACCCACGUUAAAGAUAAACAUGAUGAUUUUUGUCAGAAAUAUGAUUUAAUAUUUUCUGAUUCAAAUUUGAUACAUCAAGUUUGUACACAUAAAUCAUUCAAAUUAAAUAAUGCAUCUACAAAUGAACGAUUAGAUUUUCUUGGUCAAAAGGUUAUUCAACUUUAUGCAGCAGAACAUUUUAUAGAUAAAGUCCCACCGGAAAAAUUAAAAUAUCAGCUUAAGUUAUACACAAUUGAUUUGGACAAACUUGGGAAUAUUGGAAUAAAUUUAGGAUUAAAUGAAUUAUUAUACUGGACUCCGAUAAAUGAAGCAGAAGUGAUUAAAGCAAAAGAUGAAGGGCAAGAAAUACGACCUUCAGGGGAAGUAAGUGUUGCUGGAAAAGCAUUGAGAGCGCUUGUCGGUGCAAUAUACCAUGAUAAGGGUGCUUUUGCUGCAAAAAAUUUUAUUUAUAAAUAUAUUUUACCGGCUGAAAAAACUGACAUUUAA